CAUCACUAUCUAGAUUGACUUUGGACUCUGUGCACAAAAAAAAACCUUUGAGGCACAAUUGAAUCUAUUCAUGCGCCGUUCAUAAAUCAUAAAUUUUGCGUCUGUCAAAAUGCCAAUCUUCGAAGCAUCAGCGAAAUCAAAAACGAUCUUCCACGGCCCCUUUGUGCAUUGCGUAUCUCUUGGCGAGCUCGACAUUUGUGAAGCCGGAGCUAUUGGCGUGGAUGAAGAUGGCAUCAUUGUUUUUAUUGACCGGGAUGUCAAGUUUGAGGAGUUAGACACCGUAGUGAAGAAGCAUGGGUGGGAUGAUUGCAAGGUUGUAAGGAUCUACGACUCCGGCUUCUUCUUUCCGGGCUUCAUAGAUACGCACAUUCACGCAUCCCAAUAUCCGAAUGCGGGCAUUUUUGGAAAAUCGACACUUCUCGACUGGCUAAACACCUACACGUUCCCACUGGAAUCGUCCUUGGCAGACCUUUCGCGAGCAAGGCAUGUGUACAAUCGUGCGAUUAGCCGAACUCUUGCUCAUGGAACAACCACGGCGGCCUACUACGCUACCAAUCACGUGCCGGCAACCAAUCUUCUGGCUGACAUAUGCAAGCACAAAGGUCAAAGGGCGCUAAUCGGCCGAGUGUGCAUGAAUACGGAUCUCUCGCCAGAGUACUACCGAGAUGAAAGCACCGAAGCAACUAUCCAAAAGUCGAAAGAAUGCAUCGAGUACGUGAAGAAAAUCGAUCCAAAGCACGAGCUCGUCACUCCAAUCAUCACGCCUAGGUUUGCGCCGUCGUGCUCAAAGGACUGCCUGGAAAAGCUGGGACAACUUCACAAGGAGACAGGCUAUCCGUGUCAAACGCACUUGGCGGAGAACACCAACGAAGUCAAGCUUGUGCGUGAACUCUUCCCUGAGUGUGACAGUUACACUGCCGUCUACGACGAUACUGGACUCUUGACAGACAAGAUGAUUCUCGCACACUGCGUGCACUUGAGCAACAAAGAGAUCGACCUUGUCAAGGCUCGCGAUGCGAAGAUCAGCCACUGUCCCGCAAGUAACACCGCCCUCACGAGCGGUUGUGCGAAGAUCCGGAAAUAUCUCGACACGGGAAUCGACGUUGGCCUGGGCUCCGACGUCUCCGGUGGCUUCUCCCCCUCGAUCCUCGAGACUGCUCGUCAGGCUAUCUGGGUUUCGCGUUUCGUGGCCAUGCUAGACGGCGACCAUGCAAAACUUUCCGUCGAAGAAGUGCUCUACCUUGCAACGCGCGGCGGUGCCAAGGUCGUGGGUCUCUCGGAUAAGAUUGGUGGCUUUGAGGUUGGCAAGGAAUGGGACGCGCAGAUGAUCAAGUUGGACGAAGUCAAUCGCUACAGCGAGGGUCAAAGCGAGCACGACGGACCGGUCGAUAUCUUUGGAUGGGAGACUUGGGAAAACAAGGUGCACAAAUGGGUGUACAAUGGAAACGAUAAGAAUACGCUUGCGGUUUGGGUUAAAGGUAGAUUGGUGCAUUACACCAGCGCGUACAAACCAUAAACUUGCUUGAUGUUCGGUUGAGUUCUGGAGCGAAGAUAGAUCGAAGGUCUUGGUUAGACUAUGAUACCAUAUAGGGUACGGUGAAUGUGAAUUUUCUCCCUCACCCCUUUAAUACUUCUAGUUUCGUGGUCAUAGACUUCCUCACUGUUGAAACUGUAGGAUGCCACGCUCAUAAAGUCCAACUAUAAAACCGACCCCGCGA